AUGGCAACCGAACCCCCUAGGCACUUGGGAGUUAAUGUCCCACGUUCCUCUAUGGAGUCGCCACCGGGCAUUGCCGCCUUAUUCCUUAUCAGCUUCGACAUAAGGACCGGAUACGUGGUCUCAUGGAAGCGAACUAUACCGGGAGUGGAGAUUGAAGGAGUUGUGGAAUAUAAGUCGCUGCCCUCCGGGCUACACAAUGUGACCGAAGACCUGGUGUACUUCGUCCAUGAACAAUAUGCCGGUAUUAGUGCGUUCCUCAACCAUCCCGCCACAGAGGCUGAGCGCAAUGCGAAUAUGUUUGCGAUCGGUGUUCUGGUGCCCCUUAGCACUGGUAGACUGGGGAAGAGUUGGCGACACGCUCCAAGGCUGAAGGAACUGACGCUGAAAUAUGCCGACAACAUGUCGAAUAUGCAAGACCUCUGCGAUUAUUGGGAUGCAUAUAAGAUUGGAGGAUCCGAGUCAGCCCCCGAGUCACCCCUCGACUCGCCCCUCAGUGUCCGAUUCCGACCCGGCGAGCGGCCAUCCCAUUCGAGUCGCAAUCGCGCCUUCAGCGAUGCAAUGGUAUUGGAAACGUUUAGGCCGGCCUUGACGCCGUUCCAUCCUGCCUCAUCGCUUCCUGAUUUCGUGGAUUGCUUCGGUCCUUUGAUCUUUCCCCUCUACAGGGCAGCUCUGCUGCGCAAGAGGGUUCUCUUCAUGUGCGAGGCUCCCGUACACACAACCUGCAACUAUGUAUAUGAUCUAUCUCUAUUAGCGUCAUUACCAAACUCCCUCCUCCAGCUCCUCCCCGACGAUCGCACGCCACCAUUACGGCCUCGCCCUCUUUUCAAUGUCGGCAUCCAUGAUAUCCCCUACCUAUCCUCUUUCGACCCGUCGCGCAGCAUAAUAGACCUUGAAACAGACCCGAGUUGGAUCGCAUGCUCCACAGACACAGUUUUGACCAUGAAACCCGACCUCUUCGACGUACUCAUCACUCUCCCCGCACCAUACGCGCAACACAGCGCCGAGCGAACCUUUCCCAAAAUCACAUUAGUCCACCACACAGGUGGCAAAGCCAACCAAACACAACAAAUCCCGCUAAAAGCAACACAGCGCGACGCCCGCCGCUACGCCAUGCUCCGCCGCGGCCUUCGCCGAUUCGGCAACGACGGCCCAGCCCCACCAGAAUCAAGCACCUCAGACACAGACUCAACCUACUCCUCCAGCCCCGUCGUCGAGCCCCUCUCCUGGACUCGCCUCGCCUACACAUCCUUCAUCUGGUGGGCCUCCGCCGGCGAAAACCGCGAAGGCCUUUCCGAGGAAGAAGAAGAACACCAAAUCGAACAGGACUCUCGCCUUCUGGCAAGCCCGCCCGAAAUCGCGCUAGUCGCGUACUUCCGCCGUCUGACCUCGCAGAUCUUCGUCACGCUGGCUGGCGCCAUCGCUCGCAACGAUUGCGUGGAUGACGACGCCUACAAUGACGACGCAUACAUCGAUGACCCGGACGAUGAGACCGAUGCUUCGCUUUCCAUGUCCCGUGAUUCUAUCCACGGCGACGAGGGCUCCUCGCCUCUGCUUCGGCAGCGGUCGAGCGCGAGUGCAUCAGCCCGUCAUGGGGCUAGUGCUGGUCAUCGGGACUGCAGUGCGGAUGAUACUGUUACCAUUACGGUGGCGGACAUGGCGGAGAUGGGGCUUGAUGUGUGGAGUGCUACGGACCGGGUCUUUGUUGAGGAGUUGGUUUCUUUGUGGUGGGGUCGUGGGGCGAAGGUUGAUAGUGCGAGGAUUAGGUGUUGUGGGAUUUCAGUUUUGUAG